UCCAGAUCGGGCAGUGAUUUUUACACAAUCUCAGUCAGGGAAACGUACGACGUUAGUAAAAUGUUAGUUCAAGUCGUGGUAGUUGCAGUAGUUAUCUACUUUUUGGGAAUAUUUCUGCGGGAAAGGAAUAAACUGAAGAAAAUUGCAGCGCACUUUGGGGGACCGAAGCCGCUGCCGGUGAUAGGAAAUUUACUUGAGUUCAAUACGGACAUUCCGGGCAUCUUCGAAAAGAGCAUUCACCUAGUCAAAGCCCACGGUCCCAAUCUAUUCCUCUGGGGCAUCCUGAACCAAAACAUCCUACUGCUGACCGAACCCAAACUGGUCGAGAAGGUCCUGCUAGCGAAGCAAACGCAAAAAUCGCUUCUGUACAGCUUUCUGCACUCGUGGCUCCGGACCGGGCUGCUUCUGUCCAGCGGUGAAAAAUGGUUCCAACGGCGGCGAAUCAUCACUCCGACGUUCCAUUUCAAAAUUCUGGAACAAUUUGUAUCGGUGUUCAACCGGGAAGCGGACACGAUGGUCGGACUGAUGAGAAAGCAUGCCGGACGGGAGGAAUUCGAUGUCUACUCGUACGUGACGCUGAUGGCACUGGACAGUGUGUGCGAAACUUCCAUGGGAACAACGGUCAAUGCUCAAAGUGAUCCCAACAACAGAUACGUGCAGAAUGUCAAACGAAUGUCGGUACUCUUCCUGCUUCGGGUUGUCAACCUACUGGGAGGAUAUCCGAACCUCUACUCAAUCGUCCAUCCCAGUGCGUACGAACAGCGUGCACUAGUUCGAAAGUUGCACGAUUUCACAGACAAUGUCAUAGCCCAACGCAGGCAGCAGCUGCAAAAUAGUAGUGACCACAAGAUGGACAUCAACCAAAACAAAGAGAGUGUUUACUUGAAGCAAAAGAUGACCUUCCUGGACCUGCUUCUGAACGUAACGGUAGACGGAAAACCGCUGAGUGAUCUGGACAUUCGCGAGGAAGUCGAUACAUUUAUGUUUGAGGGCCACGACACUACCACCAGUGGCAUCUCCUUCACCAUCUACCAAUUGGUUCUAAAUCCUCACGUUCAAGACAAAAUCUACGAGGAGAUUGUUGCCAUACUAGGAAAAGACCACAAAUCGGUUGAAUUGACCUACCAGUCACUGCAGGAAUUCAAGUACCUGGAAAUGGCCAUCAAAGAGGGUUUGCGACUAUUCCCACCAGUUCCGUUCAUUGGACGGAACCUAGUCGAAAGCAUUGAGCUAGAUGGCAUCACCCUACCAGCCGGUCAGGACAUCCUGGUGGCAAUCUACAUGAUCCACCGCAAUCCGGAGGUGUUUCCCGAUCCCGAGCGGUACGACCCGGAACGCUUUGCCGAUGCUGCCGAAUCGAAACGGGGCCCCUAUGAUUACAUUCCCUUCAGUGCCGGAUCGCGGAACUGUAUCGGACAACGGUUUGCCAUGCUGGAGAUGAAGACGGCACUGAUCAAGCUGAUCGGAAACUAUCGCCUCCUGCCGGGUGAAUCGUUGAGGAAGUUGCGCGUUAAGACAGAUUUGGUGCUACGGCCCGAUGUGGGGAUUCCGAUUCGGUUGGUUGAACGACCGUAA